UUUUAGAUUGAAAAUAUAAUAAAUAAAUAAAAAUGGAUAUAAUAACUAUUGAAAAUAUUGAAUCAAGUUCACGUCCAAUAAAGAAUUCAAAUAUACGUUGUAAUUGUUUGAGUUCAAAUUCAUUAUGUUACAUUGCUGUUACAAUUGCAACACUUGGAUUAUUAAGUGCAAUUGUAUUUCUCUGCAAAGGCUAUAUUAAAAUACUAUUAUACUGGAUUGAACAUCAAAAUUUAUGGAUAAUAACAAUAAUUGUUAUAACAUUAUUUACUGUUGUAUCAUUUCCAAUUGUCAUUGGUUAUUUAUUUUUAAUAAUAGCAAGUGGUUAUUUAUUUGGUAUUAUAAGAGGUAUUGCAAUGGUUGUGUUAGGUGCAAAUUUAGGUAUUGUUAUUGCACAUACAACACUAUCAGCAUUAUCAACAAAGCUACCAAUUGGUGCAUUGUUGAGAAGUGAAACAGCUCUAGCAAUAUUACGAGUUAUAUCUGGACCACAAGCAUUUAGAGUUGUUUUAUUUGCAAGACUAACACCAAUACCAUUUGGUCUUCAAAAUACUAUAUUUGCUGUGAGCAAUGUUUCGGGUUUGAGAUAUCACAUUGCAAGUGCAAUUGGAUUAUUACCAGCACAAAUAAUUAAUGUUUAUUUGGGAAGUAGUUUGAGAUCAAUGCAAGAUGUACUUGAAGACAAAUCAACAGCUGUUACUGGUUAUAUUGUAUUUGUUGUUCAGAUUCUAGUUGGUGUAUCUUUGAUGGUUUAUGUCGUUCAAAAAGCAAGACGUGAGUUACAUUAUGCUCUUCUUGAUGCUGAUCUUGCAUCAAUGAAUGACAAUUAUCAUCAUGCACCAAUAUCAGAUAUUAAAGGAUCACUUACAUCUUUAAUUGCGUAAUAAAUCAUAAAGAAUUUGUCAUGAUUUAUCAACGUUAUUUGAAUCAUCAUUAUUCCGUGAGCUCAUCACUGUUUAUCAUCAUGAUAAUAAUUUAUUUAUUUAUUUAAAUCAUUCAACAAAAAGUCUGGGAGUAUAAAAAAAACAUUAUUUAGUUUUUUUUUUCUUCAUUUGUUAUUGUUUUUUAGUGCCAAAAAUUAAUGACACAAUAUUUAAUUUCGAAUGUUAAUUAGAAAUUUGAACAUUUGAUUUUAAUGACCUUCCAUUUUGACAUGACUGUUUAUUUAUUUUUUUAAAUAUUUUGAUUUAUUUAUAAGAACGAAGAUCUUCUCUUUUUUUUAUUAUCAUUAAGGUGAUAUUAUUUUCUGGACUGAUUUAUAGUUGCAUUUUUUGACUUCUAGAAAUUCAGUAUUUUUUUUUCGUCUGAAUAUUUUUCUAUCAUCUUCUAAUUAUUGUUAGUUUGAUACGCACUAAUUUGAGUCAAUUGAUAAACACUAAUUGCACUGUGAAAAUAUUGAUAUUGUUAUGAAAAAAAAAAAUAAUAAUAAUUGGUGGGAUGAAUGUAAUUAUUAUUGAUUAUUUUCAUUUGUUUUUUUUUUUUUUUUUGACGAGUGUCAAAGUUUGUCAAAAGUAUGUUUGCGAGUCUUCCAAUAAAUAUUAUUUUAUUAUUAGACUUUUAUGAUAAUUGAAAAUAAACAAUGAGUCUCCAUUUUUUUUUUUUUUUUUUUGAUAAUGUUAUUUUAAAAAACUCUAUUAGUUAACGAUAUUAUUUAUUUUUUUUUUUCUUAAAAAUUUUUUUUUUUUUUAAAUAAAUAAUUAAACAAAAAGCUUUGGAAAAAAAAAUUUAUAAUUUAUAAUUUUCAAGACAUAAUCAAAGUGAGAAUGUAAUAUUUAAAUAAUUUUUUUUUUAAAUUUUAUUUUAAUUUAAAAUAAGAAAAAAAAUAAUAUUAACAAAUUGUCUUCGUAAAAUAAUUAAUUUAUCUAUAUUUUUUGAAAAAAUUUUAUUUAUUUAAAAAUUCAUCAUAGUAAUAAAAAUUUCGAAUAAAAAUCGUUAAAAUAAUCUGUACAAAUGUGAAAAAAUAACUAGAAUUAAUGUAAAUUAAUUAUAUUAAAAUAAAAUAAAAUAAAAAAACAUGUAAAUGAUAAAAAUACAUGCCAAAAAGAAAUACAAUUAAACGUUUAUUUUAUUUAAUAUAUUCUAACUAAAAUAAAAAAAAAAUUAUAAAUUAAAUAAAUGUAAUUUAUAAUUUGUC